AUUGUGCCCGACACCCGAAACUCCGAACCCUCUGUUUGGAUUCAAAAAAAGUGUCGAACCCAUCCUGCUUUAUCCCAAAGUCUUCAUUUUUGGCUCUCCUUUCAUUUCUGGAGAAAUCAAAAAAGGAAAAAAAAAUUUUUUCUCAGAUAUUUUUGCAAAGGAAAAACCGAAGAUUGAGUGAUAAUAAUAAGAUGGUGGGUGUUUGGAUGAGGUAAGAAGAUUGGGGAAUUAUAUAAAUAUAUAUGGGAAGGGGUUCGAAGUCGGAGUCGGAAUCGGACUCGAAUGGAUGGAGCCGAGCUCGAGGUUUGGUAGUGAAGACUCUGGUGCUUAUUGGCGGUGCCAUUUUGCUCAAGAGGUUCACCAAAUCCACCACUCGUUGGGACCAUGCAAGAAUCGUUGCUCGUUCUCUUAGCGGCGAAAAGUUCUCGAGGGAGCAAGCCUCUAGAGAUCCAGAUAAUUACUUCAACAUCAGAACACUUACUUGUCCAGCAACAGAGAUGGUGGAUGGUUCAAAGGUUUUAUAUUUCGAACAGGCCUUUUGGAGGACUCCUCAGAAACCCUUUCGGCAGAGGUUUCUCAUGGUGAAGCCUUGUCCAAAAGAUCUGAAAUGUGAUGUUGAGGUAAGUUCAUAUGCAAUUAGAGAUGUGGAGGAGUAUAAGAAUUUCUGUGAUCGCCCCAGGGAUCAACGUCCACAGCCUGAAGAAGUUAUUGGUGAUAUUGCAGAACAUCUGACGACUAUAUAUCUCAAACGCUGUGAAAGAGGGAAACGCUGUUUAUAUGAAGGUUCAACUCCACCAGGUGGAUUCCCAAAUUCGUGGAAUGGAGCAACAUACUGCACUUCAGAACUUACAAUUUUGAAGAAUAAUGAAAUACAACCCUGGGAUAGGGGUUAUGAUGAUGAUGGAAAUCAGGUGUGGGGAGUGAAGGCAGGUCCUUACGAGUUCAAGCCUGCACCUGCCUCUAGUUUCAAUGGCAUGUUUUCUCCUCUAAGUUUCCCGGCUUCACAGCCCAUGGAGAAAAGGAUAGAGGGUUCGUUUGUCUUGCAAGAAUAAUUGGUUGUCACUUGUUACAUAUAUUUUAUAGCCUGUAAAUUUGAACUGCUUUGUAUAAGCUUGAGUGAAGUCCUCUGGCUUUACUGUUAGAUUUUGUCAAAGUUUUUGUCAAGUAAUCAUAGAUACAAUUCUAUACAAGAAAGAUUAGGCAGUACACAAUGAAACCUCUGGUGAGGAGGCACAUGAAUUUGGCAAUGCAGGAUUCAAGAGUUCCACGUUGGAAAGUGACGGCAAGAAGCAACCAAAGUCACUUUUCCAACAAAAAUUUCAUUUUUUUCCCUGCAGAAUUGAGUUGAUGCAUGCACAUGUUCGGCUGAAGAAUAUGGAUAAAUCAACAGUUCAGAUUCAUUGCUUAUCAAUUGAUAUGUGUGGUUUAUACGUGCUGUAUUUUCAGUAAAAAUAAUGUCGAUAUUGCGGUUUCAGCUCUUGGAAUCCAAUAAAGUUAAAAAAAAAAAAAAAAAGUGGAUUAAAAGGAAA